CGCGCGGCCCCGGCCAUGGAGGAGCUGCCGCUCCGGGAGCCGCCGCCGGCCGGGGAAGGAGAGGAGGAGGAGGAGGAAGGAGAGGAAGAGGAGGAGGAGGAGACGGACACAGAGUGGAGCUUCGUCGACGGCGAGAUGGAGGCGGUGGCGCUGCGGGACCUGCCCACCGCCACCAUCGCCUGCAACCUGGACCCGCGCGUGUUCCAGGACGGGCCGUGCCGGGCCAAGUUCGAGUCCCUUUUCCGUCCCUACGACCGGGAAAUCACCUUCCAGUAUUUCAAGAGCUUCAAGAGGGUCCGGAUCAACUUCAGCAACCCCCUGUCUGCAGCAGAUGCCAGGAUCCAGCUGCACAAGACAGAAUUCCUGGGAAAAGAGAUCAAGCUCUAUUUCGCCCAGACUUUGCACAUUGGAAGCUCCCACCUGGCACCCCCAAAUCCGGACAAGCAGUUCCUGAUUUCCCCUCCGGCCUCUCCCCCCGUGGAUUGGAAGCAGGUGGAAGAUGCAACUCCAGUCAUCAACUAUGACCUUUUAUAUGCCAUUUCCAAGUUGGGACCAGGGGACAAGUACGAGCUGCACGCCGCCACCGCCACCACCCCGAGCGUCGUGGUGCACGUGUGCGAGAGCGACCAGGACAGCGACGGCGACGCCGCCGGCGACAGCGACGCCAAGAAACCCAAACCCAAAAUCAUCCAGACCAGGAGACCGGAUUACACCCCUGCCCACCUCAGCUGAGCUGCUGCUGCUGCUGCUGCUGCUGGUGAUGGUUGGGUGUUUUUCCCGAGGGG